AUGACCACAUUACCAAAGACACCUACCCCCGCCGCCCCUGGUGUGGCGGUGGUGGUGCCAGCCGAUGAAGCCAGAAAGACAUCUCAAGAAGAGAGCGUUGCCUCGGGGAAGAAGAAAUCGAGAAAAACACAUUAUCCUUUUUGGUUCGGUGGGAGCGCUGCAAGCAUGGCUGCAUGUGUCACUCAUCCAUUGGAUCUUGUAAAGGUUCGUCUUCAAACUGCAGCCGGGGUUCCUGGCUCGACUCAGAGAAGCAUGUUGGAGACGAUCGCAGGCAUCGUCAGACAUGAAGGCAUAAUGGGUUUCUACAGUGGUUUAUCCGCCUCCGUUCUACGUCAAGCGACCUACUCGACCGUUCGGUUCGGAGUGUACGAAGAAAUGAAGAGGCAGUGGAUCGGUGACGGCGAUGGCGAACAGCAGAAGCCUCCCAGUUUUCCAGUACUCGUCGCCAUGGCUUCGAUAUCGGGUUUCAUGGGCGGUAUCGCUGGAAACUUCGCAGACGUCCUCAACGUCCGUAUGCAGAGAGACAAGGCGCUUCCUGUGCAUGAACGUCGAAACUACAAGCACGUUUUUGACGGUAUUUUGAGGCUACAACGGGAAGAAGGAGUCAAGGGUUUCUUCAGGGGUUGGGUGCCCAACAGUACCCGCGCUGCCGUUCAAACAGCCGGACAGUUGGCCAGUUACGACACCGUCAAGAGGAUGCUGAUGGAGUAUACGCCCUUGAGAGAAGACACCCUGUCGACUCAACUCGCCGCUUCUUUCUUGGCCGGAGCCAUGGCGGCCACGGUGACGAACCCCGUCGACGUCGUCAAGACAAAGGUCAUGGCGGGGGAUGGAAAGCCGGGGGGUGUCGGUGAACUCGUCACCACCCUCUACCGUCAGGAGGGUCUUUCUUGGGUGUUCAAAGGCUGGACCCCUAGUUUUUUACGCCUGGGACCGUGA